AUCACUGCCCACUCAUACAUAAUCCCGGCAAUGGCGGCCGAGGCGACCAACCCCUCCACCUCGCCUCACCAACCUCCUCCACGACUCCGGGGAACUCGAAUCCCGCCCCGGAUAGUCGCCGCCGAGAUCGAUCCAUGGCGGCCGAGGAAGCCCACCGCCUCGCCGACGCCAGCGCCACCGCGCCGCCCAAGAACGCCGCCGCCGUCGAUGGCGUCGCCGUGGCGGCGCCGGCGGCCGGCGGCGGGCAUGGGAGGGCGCCGGGGAACAAGCUGUCGCUGGUGCCGCUGAUAUUCUUGAUCUUCUUCGAGGUCGCCGGCGGGCCGUACGGCGCGGAGCCGGCGGUGCAGUCGGCGGGGCCCCUGUUCGCGCUGCUCGGCUUCCUCGUCUUCCCCUUCAUCUGGGCCGUCCCGGAGUCGCUCGUCACCGCCGAGCUCGCCACGGCGAUGCCCGGGAACGGCGGGUUCGUGCUCUGGGCGGACCGCGCGUUCGGGCCCUUCGCCGGUUCGCUCAUGGGCACGUGGAAGUACGUCUCCGGCGCGAUCAACGGCGCCGCGUUCCCGGCGCUGUGCGCCGACUACGUCGCGCGCGUCGCCCCGGCCGUGUCGGGCGGCGGCGCCCGCGUCGCCGCCAUCGUCGCCUUCAACGUCGCGAUCUCGGUGCUCAACUACACGGGCCUCAGCAUCGUCGGGUGGACCGCCGUGGCGCUCGGCGUCGCGUCGCUGUCCCCGUUCGCGCUCAUGUUCGGCGCCGCGCUCCCCAAGAUCCGGCCGCGCCGGUGGCGCGCCACGGCGGCGGACAAGGACUGGAAGCUCUUCUUCAACACGCUCUUCUGGAACCUCAACUACUGGGACAGCGCGAGCACCAUGGCCGGCGAGGUGGAGCGGCCCGGGAGGACGUUCCCGCGGGCGCUGCUCUCCGCCGUCGCCAUGACCACGCUCGGCUACCUGCUGCCGCUCUUGGCCGCCACGGGCGCCAUCGACGCGGCGCCCGAGGACUGGGGCAACGGCUUCUUCGCCGACGCCGCAGGCAUGAUCGCCGGGGGUUGGCUCAAGUACUGGAUCGAGGUGGGCGCCGUGCUCUCCACCAUCGGCCUCUACUCGGCGACGCUGAGCAGCGCCGCGUUCCAGCUCCUCGGCAUGGCGGACCUGGGCCUCCUCCCGCGCGCCUUCGCGCUCCGGGCGCCGGUGUUCGACACGCCCUGGGUCGGCAUCCUCGCCACCGCCGCCAUCACCCUCGCCAUGUCGUUCACCAGCUUCGACACCAUCGUCGCCUCCGCCAACUUCCUCUACAGCCUCGGCAUGCUGCUCGAGUUCGCCGCCUUCGUCCGCCUCCGCGCCAGGCUCCCCGCCAUGCCCAGGCCCUACGCCGUGCCGCUCCGGGGCCUGCCCGCCGCCGCCGCCCUCUGCGCCGUCCCCUCGGCGUUCCUCGUCUUCGUCAUGGCCAUCGCCGGGUGGAAGGUGUACGCCAUCAGCGCCGUCUUCACCGCCGCCGGCGUCGCGGUGUACUACCUCAUGGACCUCUGCAAGGCCAGAGGGUGGCUCACGUUCAGCGCCGCUGCCGCAGACCGCGGAGGCAGCGGCGGCGACGCGAUGAUGUACCGGCGUCAGGGGAGCACGGCGAGCGAGGUCGUCUGAUGAGGGGAUCGAUCGUCGUCGACGCCAUUGAUUCCGGCGUUGCAUUGCAAGCUGUAUAUGCUUUCCGAUGUUUGUUUAUCUGUGUGUGUGUGCGCGCUUCUUUCCUUGUGCAGAAGAGCAUAGGAAUUGAGUGAUUUGUAACAGUCUUAAUUAGUCGUAGAUGCUGAUCAAAUCAAGAAAUGGGUUGCAUAUUACUUUCAAAUUAGCAAAUUGUACAUUCAUGAAAGUGGUAGAACUAAAGAAGCAUACAUAAGCUCAAAGA